AUGCGCACCUGCGAUCCAUCGAGCCUCACCCCUAGACUCUCUAGCCGAACGUCGCGCGACCCCUCUGACGCGACAUCUAAAUCAUCAGCAGUCUCCACUCGCAUGGAUUCCAACUCGGCCAACAUGACUCCUCGCGAGCUUUCCAGUAAACCCUCCUCAUCGAGACUUAACUCGGCUCGCACAUUGCCCCGAGCGGACCAGAAGGAUUCCGAGAAAGAACCAUCUUCUCGUACUGCUAGUGGCGAAAACCAGUUACAUUCGUCGGCUGCUGCUCCUAGACAAAGUGAAGCUUUCAAGCGUCUGGGACAGGCAAGUUUGGUUUCGUCGUCCAUUUUCAAAUCCGCACCUUUCACUCCCAAUCAGCCAUCCCGUCCAGCACUCAAUCAUCAGCCAUCUACCGUCGCACAGACCGCCGCACAUUCUACCCCGGGCUCUCGCAUCUCCUUCACCCCACAGCGUGCCCCAGGUACUCAGAGCCAAAUGGCAGCUGCUUUGCAAGGCCUUGGAAUUGCCUCCCAACUUUCGUCAGCUGCAGAUACCCAUCGUCCCCCAACUGCCACUCGCCCCUUACCAACUCCUACCCCUUCGACUCCCCUCCAAGGCCCUCACAAGCCUGGCACCAAGCGCAAAAGCGACGAGAACCUUCCCAUCCCUCCUCGACCGCAUCCUAACCUCCCACCCUCUGCACCACCUCUGCAAAUGAUCAAUCAGAUGAACCAGAAGGCCCGCCCCCCUCCUCGGCAAAGCAGCGCAUUCAAUGUUCUCACGCGCAACGCUCUAGUCACCUCAUCCCCCUUCAAAGCGUCUGGCUCGGAUCCAUCAAUCAACAAGUCUACCUCUAGCUCCUCCGAACACCUCAACCGCGCAACCUCGUCAUCCCCCUCCACAUCAUUCACUCCAUCCUCUGAAGGCGACGAAGCUUCCUCUCACGAUUCAGACGUGGCUCCUGGCACUCCGCCAUCGCAUACCAGACCCGAUCUGCCUGUCCCUCCGACUUCCCCCCGCGCAGGUGGCAGCGCCAACGGAGUGCUCAAGACGCAGAGACUUGGUGGUCCCCGAAGCUUCACUCCCCCUCAUGCUUCCCGGUCCUCCGGCUACGCCUCUGAACCCGAAAAGGGUGGUCAGGAUUGCCGAGCCCCGUCUGCGCUAAGCUGCCCGAAUAGGCGUCGUGAGCGUCGCAAAACGGUUACCUGGGGCGGCGAAGACGUGCUCGAGUUUGAAUGGGAAGAAGAAUGGCGCCGGACCAGUAACGCUUCAUCCUCGGAUUCGCAAAUAUCCGACUCGAAACCCGAAGAUACAUCAGACAUCAGCACUGAAUCUGAUCUCAGCGAAGCCCCUCAAGCGUUGAUCGACCACCCCAAUCCUGAACACCACUCGCAUCCAUCUGAAUUUUGGAAUGAGUCGUCGGGCACUACGACACAAGUCAACGGCUUCACUCACCACGAUUCCAAUGAGCACGAAAAGCACCAGGAAGAAGAAGAAGAUGAAGAAGCUGAUGAUGUCAUGAACCACUCCCAAAGCUCUGUUGUCAUUCACGAUGAUUCAAAAGAAUCGCUCCUCCAUCCAGGCCACGAUACCUCAUACACUGCGAACAGUCAAUCGAGCGAAAUAGAUCCAGUGGAUCAAAUGGUCGAUGAAUUGCUCACAUCUCCUGACUUAGCAGAGCUCGUCAAUGCUCAGGCCGCUCAGACUCAGUCUCCGACAUCUCCUGAAGACGACCAAGACCGAAAUCGCCUGGCUGAUGAUCUUGUUUCUGCUGAGGAGAGCCAAAGUGCAAACACCCAACAAGCCGAUGAAGCUACAAAACAGAAGAAUGACGCUCUUCCCGCAAAUGAUGAGACCAAACCGCGUUCUCGCUUCCCUUACAUGAAACCACAGGAAUCAGUCCUGCCUCCCGAGCAGCCGGAUACCAUUCACGUCUCCGAGGCACCUUCCGCGUCUGAAGCCACCCCUCAAGCGGCUUCAUUCCAGCCCAUCUCGCUCUCCAGCCUAGGGCUCGACGACAGUAUUUUUGGCGAAGCCUCUAUGAUAUCCUCAAUUCUUGAAUCAUCAACUCUCGAUGUCGAAGGUCUAGAUACCAUGUCAUUAGCACCCUCCCAACCGAUGCUGUCUUCAACACCUCGCGCCUCUUACACCGACCAACUCCCGACUCCCGAUCCCCCCUCACCCCCUCUCUCUGCGGCUCCGAUGGAUAUUGACGAAGCUCCAUCUGCUCAUACCAGCCCUCGACGACCUUUACCUAGGCCACCACCGGUGCCCUCCAGUGGUCAUACUGCCCACCCGGCCCUCCAAGCGCUGUCUGCCGGCACACCGUCUGCCUACAAUCUGCCCGAAGUGCCACACAGCUCGCCUUUCCCCUCAUCAAACCAGCUUUCUGGCGCGGCUACGACUGCAUGGGUUCGUCCGACAAGCGAAACUGUGGCAUCCGAGUCUGAUACGGGAGGCGAGAGUGGACCUGGCAGUCCAAGUGGACACAGACCCAGAAUCACUCGCAAGAAGAUCCACGAUCGAAUCCGGGAUCGAGAGCGCGCCUCGCAACUAGGGGACGAGUCUGAGGAGCCCUCUCUGAGCAUGCUCUCCCGGGCAGCCACUUCUCAUUCGGCAUCAAUACACAAACUGGGACUGAAUGGCGAGGAAGAAAAACUCGAACUGUCUCGGGAUCUCACGAUAGAUUCGGAUGAACCGAGUCGCUCGACCGUCACUAUGGGCCCUCUCAAAGAGAUUCAAGCGAGGCCUCCGAUGAGGGCCCAGCAAGUGAAACUGCCGAGCACUGACAACUUACUCGGGCUCCAGGAAGCUCAACUCGAGCCCGGGAACCUGAGUGCGAUGUCGAGUGGACUCGAUAAACUCGCGCGCGGCUUCCAAGCCACCGAAGACGGGUCCAAGUCUUGCGAUUCUUCCGUCUCGCUCUCCAGACCGGAUGGCUUGAACGCUGCCGAGCCCGCCUCCCUACCCAGCAAGCUGGUCAUGAUCAAGGGCGCCGGACGGAGGAGACGCAGCGCGUCGACUGGUGGCGCUGACCUGGACGAGACUGGUACUGGUGCUGGUGCCAAGGCUGCUGUCAAGUCUACCCCCGUCAAGCGUCAUUCCAUGGCUGUCGACAAGGAAAACUCAAAGAUUACAUCCGCCUUACUCCACAACACUAUUCAACCCGCAAUGGCCAAGACGAACUUACAAGAGCCGCUCAAUCAAGUCUUGGAUAAAGCUAAUAAAUCCCGAACGUAUCGCGUCUCUGAGCCAGACGAGAUAGUGGUCGCCUCCGAUCAUACAAUGACCGCUGGCGUGGCAGGCGAUGUGGCGGCCAAUCGUAAUUGGCGCAAGCUCAGAAAGGUGUCGGAUAUCAACCAACACGCAGCUCAACUGAAAGCUUUUUGGGCUCAAAACGACAAUGUUAACAAGAUCGGGCGAGUUUUCAUCAAAAUGUCCAAAUUGGUCUUUCGCGGAUUACCAACAUCCCAACCCCCAGCUCAUUUUCAAGUGGUAAUCGACAAUGGGCUUCAUAAGGUCAGGACCCCGUUCUACAAGUUGGAGCCUGAAGUUACGAUCGGCGUCGAAUUCGAGCUUGUUCGAGCCAAGAAGCUCGAGUUCAGUCUAGCCUUCUGUAUCCCACUGAACGAGCCACUCAAUGCCCACCUCAAGCCGCCAAUUCCGCCCCAGCCUGUCUCUCCGCCCCGCCCCGUCUCCCAGGCCUUCCCGCAAGCCGUCCCCCAAAGUCCUAAACGUCUGUUUGGCUUCUUUGGCGCCUCCUCUAAGCGGAGCUCAAAACAUCAGCAGCAGAUGCUGCAAGAGAAACAACAGCAGAUUCAAAUGAUGGAGCGCGAAAAGGCCGCUCUGGCUCGCCAACUGGCUGCUCGGGCAGCACCUCAUCCCCUCGUGGGCCUGCUCGAUCGAAACCAUGUACUUGCGACUGCGCUCGUCAACUUUGAACAAUACGCGCAGGAAUGCUUGGGCAAAUGGAAACACGCGGUCGUUCCAUGCAUGUCUGCGUUGGAAGAUCCUGUGAAAGCUGAGAUGCAGAUGCGCCGGACCUUCUCGGGACCGAUCGGCCAAGUCAGUCUUGAGUUUCUAUCGCUCCCGCCGAUCCCCAAGCUUCCGAACGCCACGAUUCCCAACUCGGGCUCAGAGUGCCUGAAGGGUCUUAAGAUCGCUGAAUGGUGGCAGGAAGUAUGGCACGAAGGUGUUCUCAGCCAGUUGGGCGCUGAUUGUCUGACCUGGAGAAGAAGGACGUUCAAGGCGACGGGCGGCUCGCUUUUUGCGUACAACGACAUCAUGAAGAAGCUCUCCGCCGAGAUCCGACUGGCCGAAGUGGUCUCUCUCCAAGACUGCGGGAACGAGAACGUAGACGAGAACGAGCAGCCGAAACAGAGCACGAUCAACGACCAAGGCGAGAUCCUACCCCCAUUCACCUUCCGUCUCGUUUUCAAGGACGGCUCCGAGAUCCUCUUCCAUGCCGACAACCAAACCGAAUUCAAGCGUUGGAAAAACGUGCUCAAGCAGCUGUUGGGCAAGAUCCAACCACUCCCAGCCUGGGCCGAAUUGUUACGGCUGCAGAUCGCUGCCCGACAGGCAGCCCUGGCGGAUGAAGAGAGGGAAGAGGAAGAGCGAGCUGGAGGGGGGCAGAAGCAGUCUGGGAAGGCUGGCGGUCACCGCCAGCCAGGCCGGCGACCGCGCUCGCCGAAGUCCCGGGCGAUGGCCAACAAGCCUCCGUCGAGCUCCUCCCAAGCCUCGUCGAUCUCCACCAUCACCUCUGGCGCGUUUUCCAGCCUGUCCGAGAUCACCUCGAACACGUACGCCUCCUUCCGCCCCGCCUCGUCCCUCAUGACCUCGCAAGCCCCCUCGCAGGCCCCCUCGCAUGCAUCCUCACACGCGCCCUCCUCGUCCCGACUGGUCGUGAAGCUCUCGGACAUCGGCUCCGACGCCUCCUCCUCCCGGCGGCCCCCCUCCACCCUCCUCACCUCCUCCCCGCGCCCCACUCUCUCCGUCAUGUCUUCCGUCGGAUCCACCGUCAUGUCCUCCGCCGCUUCCACCGCCUCCUCCGUCCUCUCGAGGCCCACUUUCUCCGACCCGUCUUCCGCCGCUCACCCGCCAUCCUCAUCCAGACCCAUCCAGUCCCAAAUGAAACGCUCCAAAGGCCCCGUCAAACUCGCUUGA